AUGACCCCAUAUCAGCUGGUGUAUGGGAAGGCAUGUCACCUACCCCUUGAACUUGAACACAAAGUCUUUUGGGCACUCAAGCUGCUGAAUUUUGAUAGUAAUGCUGCUGGGGAGAAAAAGAUCUUGCAACUGCAAGAAUUAGAAGAACUCAGAUCUCAAGCAUAUGAGAAUGUCAAAAUCUAUAAGGAGAAAGCUAAGAAAUGGCAUGACCAAAAGAUAGCAAGAAGAGAGUUUGUAGAAGGCCAAAAGGUGCUGCUAUACAAUUCAAGGCUCAAGUUCUUCCUAGGAAAACUUAAGUCAAGAUGGUAUGGACCUUUCACCAUCCUCAAGGUGUCUCCCUAUGGUCAUGUAGAGCUCAUGGAGGACAAAACACGGAGAACCUUCACUGUAAAUGGCCAGAGACUCCAGCAUUACUUGGGAAACUUACUGGAUGAGCAGAGAGUGAGCUACAAUCUCAACUAA